UUCAGGAACACAGUAAUCCUCAUCGUUGCCAGGUCGGUGUACCUGCUGACUAUGUUCUCACCAGUGAUAGCGGUGAGCCAACUGAGUGCUAACCCUUUCCUGGGGAUAGUGGCUCAAGGGGCGGCCAUUUUCGCUGCCUUCUACGUGGUGAACUACUUUGGAGCGAGGUUCGGUCGCCGUUGGCCCAGUGCAGCCAGUGCACUCUUAGCCGCACUGGCCUGUGUUUUCAUCUUCUGCCUGUUCACUGCACACGUCGAGGGCGCACCCGUCGUGAUGGGGACCUUGCUGAUGCAGUUCAGCACCACUGCCAACAUGAGCAUGGCCAACCUGCAGAGCAUCGAGGUGCACCCCACGUGUCUGCGCCAGAUCGCAACCAGUGUCGAAUGGGCUGUCGCCGGGGUUGCCAUGUCUGCUCUGCCCUAUUUGGCGUUGAUGGAUGAGAAGCGACUUCCCUUCGCCAUCCUCGCAGCCCUGAACUUGGUGGUGGCGUUUUCCGUGUCGUUCCUGCCGGAAUCUGCGCUGCAGCGAUUGCCGGAGACGUUAAGGGACGGUGCCGUCUUUGGCAGAGGACAGCGCUACUGGAGCUGGAAACCCAAACCAACACCAGAGUACGCCAAGGGCUAAAAGAGUUCCAGGAGUUCCUUUUAGUUUAGAAUGAAUGUUAAGGCGACGCUGGCAAUCUUCGACUUCUGUUUACUGACGGUGCACAUGACUUGCGUUACCAACACAAAAACCUAAACAGCCUACUUACACUAUCUAAGAUGCCAUAAAGACUAAUUUAAAAGCUAAUAUCUUCACUCUCACAACCCAAAUAGUACACAAUCGUA